CAUCAUAAUAAUAAUCAAAUAAAACAUCAACAUAAAAAUUCAAAAAAUUGGUUCAAUAAUUAUUGUUUGGCCUUAAUUUCCAUAAUGAAUACAUUAUUAUUACCGAUAUUUUUAUUACAAUUAAUCAAUUGUAGUAAUCUUAUAACGGCAGUGCAAGCAGCACAAUAUAAUAAUAACAACGCCUUUCAAGUGAUCUCAGAGAAUCCGGAACUUUCAAUGUUCAAAAAUCUAAUUGGAAAUGAUACAGCCUAUUCGUUUAUGUUAAAAUCAUGGAAAAUGACAGUAUUUGUACCAACUAAUCAGGCUAUAAAAAUGUUUUUGGAACGUAAUUCUCAACAACAACUAGUGGAUGGUUUUAAUUCGGAUCUAUUACAAUAUCAUCUUGUAUCAGCAACAAUUAAACGUGAAUCAUGGACCGAAGCUUCACCGGCAAAUGCAUUGAAUGGACAAUUUCCACCACUUUAUCUGACUACAACGGAUUAUAAUCCAUAUAAACCGGAUGAGAAAUCAUAUUUUGUUAACAAUGCCUUUGUCAUUGAAGCUAUUGAAGAUUUACAAGGUAAUGGACCAAAUGCUGAAGGUCAAGCAUUGUAUAUUAUCGAUGAAGUACUUUCAUCAUUGAAACCGAAUCGACCUACCGCUCCAACUGCAUUGGAAUUACUUAAAGAACCAUCCAUUUAUGGAUUGGAUAAUUUUGAUAUGUCGAAAUUUCUACAAAAAGUUCAGGAAAAACAAUUGGAAUCAAUAUUUUCAACACCGGGUACAUUUUUCAUUCCAACAAAAGUUGCUAGCCGUGGUACACCAGAAUUCGAUGAAUAUGUUGUCAAAGCUCAUGUUAUCAAGGAUAAACCAUUAUUUAUACGAACCAUGGGUGAUCGUCGUAGCUAUAAUACAAUGGCUUUUGAUGACAAUGUCGAUGUUGAACUUUCAUUCAUUAAUAAAACUGUUCGAUUUACUGUGGAGCAAAUGUAUUAUAUUCAAACAAAUACGAUAAAAAAUGAUGCUAUCCACAAGGCUGGCCGUGUAUUAAGUCGAAUGAUUAAGGCAAAUAUUCCGGUGAAAAAUGGUGUUGUUCACAUUAUUGAUAAACCCUUGAUGUUGAUGGAUAUGGCUAUCAGAGAUUUUCUACGUGAACAAAAUAAAUUGAAACGUUUCUAUAAAUUAUUGGAAAAACAUCCAGAUGUAUUGAGUAAUAUUGGAAAAAAUUCCAAUAAAACCGUUUUGGCACCAGAUGAUAAUGCAUUCGCUAAUUUGAUGGAUAAUAAUCAAAAUUUUGCCGGUAUCAGUGAAGAUUCUGAUGAAAUGAAAAAAUUAUUAUUGAAUCAUGUUGUCUAUCAACAAGUGUCAUUCAGUGAUCUUAAAAGAAGUGCAGGAUUCGCUAAUUAUACAUCGGCAAAUGGUGUGCCUGUUAUGUUUCGUUUGGUUGGUACCGAUUCGAAUGCACGAUUAACUGUUGAAAGUGGUGGUGUGAAUGCAACAUCGUCGUUAUCGGAUUUAGGUGCAUCUGAUGGUAUUUUACAUAUUAUUGAUCGUGUUCUUGGAAUGCCUUUCAAUACAAUAUAUGAAAAAUUAAUCAAUAAUCCAAUGUUGAAUGAAACAUUCAAGAUUGGAUCACAAGGCGGCACACAGAAUUGGAAUUCAAAAUUGUUGGAUAAAAAUAAACGUUAUACAUUUUUUGCACCAUCAAAUACAGCAUGGAUGGAAUUUGAUAGGGCAAAUCCAUCCGAAUUUAAACAACUUGAUCAAGGCAUCUAUCCAUCCAUUUCACGAGCUAUUUUGGAUCGUCAUAUUUCAGCUAAAGGACAAUAUAAUAAAAAAGAUUUGGAACAAACAGUGAAAAAAGUUGAUACUAUUCAAGGUGAACUAAAUAUUUUACCCGAUCCUACCACACGCGAAAUUUAUAUCGAAUGGGAAGGAACACGGGCCAAAAUAAUUAGCUCCGAUAUUCAUGGAUUGAAUGGUGUCAUUCACAUCAUUGAUAAAGUAUUGGCAAAGAAACGUGAUUUAAAAGUCAAUGCUGCCAUCAAUGGCCAAUCAUACUGCCAUUUAUUCGUAUACCUUAUUAUGGGCCUUGUUUCCAUUAUGUUCACACAGCAGUUACGUUAAUUUUAAAAACAAAACCAAGACAAAACAAAAAAAAACCCAUUCCAUUUUCUAUUCAUCACCAUUAUCAUCACACACACUAUAUUUUCCUAAAACACAUUUAUUAAUUUCUUUAUUGAACCCAAAAUUUAUUUACACAUUAACCAUCGAGCUAAUCGACCAGAAAAUCCAUACAUACCGAAACCAAACACAUUUUUCUAUACAAAAUAAUAAUAAUGGUUAUUAUUAUUAAUUUAAACCACUAAACUAAAUGGCAAAAAGAUUCAUUGAAUGGGUUUGCAUUUAUUAUUUUUUGACCAUUGUUUUUUUCACUACUUUCUUCACACACACAAACUUUUUUCUUUCUAAUCGAUAAUUGUGUAUAGGAUUUGCUUUUCGUUUUUUUUCCAAAUUAUUUUUUUUCUCCAUUAAUUAUUAUCGAUUAAUAAUAAUUAACAAGACAGAUCGAUAACAAUAUAGUAGCAUUUUCAAUCAUCAUCAUCAUUUCUACUACUACUCCAUAAUUACACUUUUUCUUUCUUUUCCAACCUCUAAGGGCAUUUAAUCUUUAUAUUUUUUUUCCUCAUUUCAUUUCAUUUUUUUUUCUCUGAUUGACAGACAACAACAUUUGACCAAAAUGAUGUAAUUUGUGUCAAUCAAGACAAAACAUUUUUUUUUUUGCUUCACACACACCAAACACUGACCAAUCUAAAUGAACACAAUUUUUUCUCAUUAUCAUCAUCAUUAUAUUUUAUAAUUACAGAAAAAAAAUCGAAAACAAAACUUUUUUUUUGUUUAUUUUGUUCCACUUCUUUACACCAUAAUAUAUACACAUUCACAUUUGUAUUUAAUAAAUUAAAAUAUCAAUCAAUCAA